AUGGCCGACGGGAUCCCUCUCGACCCAUGGAAGCAGAUCACGCUGUCCCGCCAGCAAGUCGAGGCGUACCUCACACGGAUUCAGCUCCCUCAGUCAACCAUCGACGAGCGACCGUCCCUCCCUCUCCUCGCCAAACUCAUGCAGAGUCAGCUCGAGAAUAUCCCGAAGGACACGACGCCUAUGCACGUCGAGGACUGGGAGGGACCGAGCAAGCCGAUCAAGCUGUCAAGCGUGCUGAAGAUGCCCGAGGGGGUUGAGGCUUUCGACCGGAUUGUGACGGAGAACAAGGGAGCCUUCUGCUUCGCCGUCAACCCAACUUUCGCCGCAUUCCUCCGCUUCUUCGGCUUCCGCGUGAGCGAACUCGUCGGCCGGACAUUCAAGUCGCUCGGAAACGACCCACGGACGCACCCCGACGGCUGGAAGUGGGGCACGUUGACGCAUGAGCUGAUGGUUGCCGACUGGGAAGGCAGCGACGCGCGAUACCUCGUCGAUGCGGCAUGGGGUCCUUGGGGAUGCCCUGUGCCUGUCAAGCUCUCGAGCGGCGAGACGGUACUCGGCUUGAACGAAUAUGAGGCGUUCAAGAUCGUCAAUGAGGGGCUUCCUCUCAGCCCACACCAGACGCCGCCCAUCGACACAAUGCCAGGCUGGACCUUCUACCGCUUCAUUCCUCCGCCCAACACUCCCCUCUCUCUCCCCAUCACCGACUCGACUCCCGGCUACUGGUCUCCCCAAUUCCAUUUCCACCUCCUCUCCAUCCCGCUCCUCGACUACCGCCUCCUACACCACUUCUCCGCCACCCACGAAGUCGGCAGCUUUUACGCCUUCUGGCUUGUCACGCGUCUAUUACCCGGUACAGGCGGUGCGCGGCGGAGUAUGAUGUUCGCGGAGAAGGAGGGACAGGACGUGCGAAGAGCGAAGGUAUAUACGACAGGCGGACACGAGGGGAAGGGCAGUCUGGAGGGGCGGGAUGUCGAAUGGGUGGACAUGGAGACUGGGCCGAUGCGGGAGUACCUCGAGCGCGAGUUUGGGUACAAGUUCUGA